AUGUCGGCAGUCAUUCUCAUGGGCUUGAUACCCGGAAACAAGCACUCGUUGGCAGCUCGCUUGACCACCUCCGCUCAACUUACUAUCGACCCUCUUUCAGAAUCACAUCGAGAAGGUCUAAUAGCAAUUUCAGUCUUGGCCUUCCUCUCUCUCAUUGCAACAUCAAUACUCCUCGGUUUCAUUACCUAUCGACUUUUUUUCUGGCGCAGCAGUUAUACACGUUACAUCGGUUACAACCAGUACAUCAUUCUUAUCUACAAUCUUGUUCUGGCGGACUUUCUACAGUCACUUGGAUUUAUUAUUUCUCUACAAUGGAUCUUGACAAACAAGAUUGAGUCUAGUUCCGCCGCAUGCUUUCUUCAAGGGCUGUGGCUGCAAAUUGGGGAUCCCAGCAGUGGCCUGUUCGUGUUUGCUAUCGCGUUCCACACAUUCCUUUUAGUCGUCUGUGGACGUAAAAUGUCCCACAAGUUCUUCGUCUCAUUCGUGGUCGGCAUUUGGGCAUUUGUUGUUUUAAUGUUAAUCAUCCCAUUAGCACAACACGGUCCUGGUAUCUUUGUGCUUUCCGGGGCCUGGUGCUGGAUCAGCGAUGACUACGAAAUCGCGCGGUUAUGGACUCACUACGUCUGGAUUUUCCUCGCCGAGUUCGGCACAAUCAUUCUCUACGCUGUGAUGUAUUUCCAGCUGCGCCGACAGAUUUCCGCCUCCGCUAUCCUCGACAACAGCCAGCUGGAGAGUCUCAAGCGCCUACGCCGCGUCGUGGGCUACAUGACCAUCUACCCAAUCAUCUACCUCGUUCUAUCGCUACCCAUCGCCGCAAGCCGCAUGGCCACAAGCCACGGCGAUACACCCAACAUUGUAUUCUUCUGCUGUUCUGGGGCCAUCAUCACCAGCUCCGGGCUGGUCGACGUCAUCCUGUACACUCUCACCCGCCGCAACUUGAUCAUCGACUCGGAACCCAGCGAAGACCGCUCCUAUCACAAUUACAACGGCAGCAAAGGCAAACGAGGUGGGAACAACCUAACUACCGUUACGGCUGAUCCCAAGCACACAGUCGGCGGCACUUACAUUGAUGAGAUUGACCGCAACGGCUCGACGGAUAACAUCGUUUCACCCACCGCACAUGGCUACCACGCCCGUGAUCAGGAAAUGAUGCCGAUCGGACAGGUCUACCAAGAAACCACCAUUGUAAUCACACACGAGCCUGCUUAUCCCACCGAGGAAUCCAGUAAGCGCUCUAGCAAGGAGAACUUCCCCGACCGUCCAUCUCAAUCAGGAUGGCGGGGAUGA